CGAAACCCAUCUUCCAAUUCGCGCGUACCUUGGCGUACCCAGCUUCCCGAUAGGAACUUCAGCAGACCUUGAACAGGGCUGUAACAGCUUCGACCAUCACUGCCCGUUAGGGCUCUCGCGAGCUUCCGACACUCGAUUCUCAUAACGCCCGACGCCCAAUUAUCGUCCCCUUGAAUUGCUCUGGUUUCCAGAUCAUGAAACAGAACGAUUUGAGAAAGCACCACCUAUCCUGACUGCCUGAUUUUGCCCAACCGCUCAGCUUCGAUCAUCUAACCUUCGAGUCGUCCAGGAUCUGUUAUGGAGAAACUCAAGGGCACCAAAACCACCUCUUUGGUGCCCAAAAAGUUUCGAAGUGUACGUGAGAAAAAUGGGACUCAUAGUAGAAACAAAUCUACAGAACCAGGCCCAAAGAGCCGGCCCUUGGGUGACAUGACAUGGCUUUCCUUUUUAAGGCCCGAGUCUGCCAAGCAGGCACUACGAGAAAAAGAAGAGGUGGAAAAGGAGGCUGCAAAGAUUGCCGAAAUCACCAAGCAGUUGGAAGAACUCAACUACACCGAGAUCUCAGAACAAGGGGUCCGAUUCUCACUUAACUCCAAAUUUGCCAAUGGCGAUCUCAACAAAGCGAUCGAGCUCAUACGACUCCAACAGAAGGCUGUUGCUGGGAUCAUACAACCGUACAACCCCAAUAUUAGCAUGCAAGGCGCAGAAAACCGGGGGAAUGUCACCUGCUACCUUGACGCCUUGUUGUUCGCCAUGUUCGCUAAGCUUUCAGCCUUUGAAUGCAUGUUGAAGAACGAUCCGGCAGAUGAAAACCAGCGAAGGCUCGCAGCACUACUUAGGUUAUGGGUCAACAUGCUCAGGAGUGGGAUGUUGAUACACACAGACAUGACCCAGCUCAUUCAGGAAUCUUUGGCGGCCUGUGGAUGGGAGGAGGCCCAGGAUCUCGAACAACAAGACACGUCGGAAGCAUUCGCUUUCAUCACCGAGACCUUGCAAUUACCGCUCCUCGCUCUCCAAGUCGACCUCUUUCAUCAAGGCAAAAAGGACGAAGACGACCAUAAAGUCGUCCACGAGCGAUUACUCAACCUCGCCGUUCCCCCAGAUCCUGAUGGGAAAGGUAUCAAGUUGGAGGACUGCCUUGAAGAGUAUUUCAACAACAAGGUUGACGUUUUCCGGGAUAGUGUGGAGGAAAAGAAGGGGGAUGACGAAAAGGGCCCUCUCCCGCGCGAAACUGUCCGGCUCAUAAGCGAGGAUGAGGAUGGUCAAGCGAGCGACCAAGGCGACAACAGCCCGCAUCUGCAACGAAGAUGGACAACACAAGAUUCGACGACACGCACUCCAGUCUCAAUGCUCGAUGUCACUUCUGCGAGACCCGAGCUACCAGCAGCACCCCGACACCGGUCUACUAGUAUUAUACAGCGUAUCGUGGUGGAGGACAGGAAGCCCCCAUUGGAUGCAGAGAACGAAACUCUGCUCCAGAAGGCCAAAAGAACGAGUUCAACCGUGGUCAAGGCCGUGACGAUACCUGCCUGGCAGUUCUUCAGGUUAAUCCCAUGGCAUGCAACUGCUUCUAACGGUGAGCCAAGUAACGAUGUUGAGGUUGCACGCCAUUUUAACCAGCGGCCGGUGGUCGGCAUCUGCUUGAAGCGGUAUACCAUGACAGAAACCGGCUUCCCGAUUCGACAGAAUACUCUUAUUGACAUCCCUGACUCCAUGCGCCUGCCACACUUCAUGAUGCCAGAUGAUGAUGAAAAGCAGUCCAACGGGUUAAGCCAAGAGUACAAGCUUGUACUGCAGUCGGUCGUCUGCCACCGUGGGGACUCUCUUCACAGCGGACACUAUGUGUCAUUUGCUCGCGUGGCACCGAAACUUCUCACUGACAAUCGCCGAUAUGAACAUGACCCGCCGCCGGAUUACGAGGAGGCACAAUGGGUCAAGUUCGACGACUUGGAUUUGGACAACCGAGUGUCUUACGUCGACGACAUUAGAGACUCUCUUAGACAAGAGAUGCCCUACUUGCUCUUUUACCAGAUCGUCCCGAUGGUGGACGUCACCACAGCCUCUAGUGAUGGGUCUGUUGGCGAGCCACCCUCCUACAACGAGUCGACCACCGUAAUUACCGGUGUACCAGGGACGCCAAGCAUGGAGCCCCUUCCGGAACGGCCGGGCGGGAUGUCAAGGUCGAUUAGUGAUUACUUUGACUCCGCGUCAACCCUUGUACACAACGGUGGCGGUCCCAACAUUCGCUUUAGUACAGAGCUUGAACGGCCCGCACGUCUCAGUCUUGACGACGAUCCGUAUGGAACAGGGAGCGCAGGGCAUUUGAGGGCAGGGAGAUCCAGACGCGGCAGCCUUGCCGUCUCGGAUACCACGGCAACAACAGCCAUCACUCCUAGUGAUGUAGGCGCACCAUCAAUGCUGCCUACUACACCACAGGAGGAGAGUACCGCAACGAGACUCGGCCGGGCAGCAGCGAAGUUCAAGAGCAAAUCCCGACCCGUCAGCCAGGCCGGCGAGACCCGCAUUAGCCUUACCAUGUCGCGAUGGGGCCUGGCGCGGCCCAGUAGGGACACGCUCAACAAGGAUGCCGCCAACGGUGCUGGUAACUCAUCGGAAGGGGGCAGUGAUGAGCAGCAACCGGAUGCCAAGGAGGUUGAGGAUGCGAGUGAUAAGGACCAGAAGGAGAAGAAUAAGGAUAAGGAGAAGGAGAAGGAAGGCCAUCACCACCUACACCACUAUCGGAAGUCUAAGAAGGACAAGGGUAGGGAUAAGGAGGACACGAAAGAGAAGGGCAAGGAUAAGGAAGGCAAGAAGGAGAAGGGAGACAAGUCGGGCAAGAAUAAGGAGACAGGGAAAGAUGGCGUUCCUGAUCGGGAAUGCGCGGUCAUGUGAGGAGCUCUCAGCACACAAUUGGGAGUUUACAUUCGGUUAAUGGUUUUCUUGUUUUUCUCUGGGCGGUAGGGAAUGGACGGACAGGGUGGGGCGGUGCAUUCUCUUGGGCUGGUUGGGUC